CAGAGCACUAGUGAGAGACGAGCCUGCUUACAAAAUAUAUAUAAAUAUUGCCCGGCCGGAUUGUGAAAUAAACCAGGCCCUCGGCGGUGAUAGGCCAGUGCCUUCCACUGGAUCACCCAUGUUCCAAUGUAAUAACCGUCUCCUUUUCAUUCUACCCUCUCCAGACUCCAGCAAGUKCUCUUGAACAUUUGGACCAACCGCAGUGCACAGACCUGCUGCCAUAACAUCGAACACAGUUAAAUACACCAUUUUAUAUUCAUUGCUCAUAGCGAUCGUUUUGGCGCUGGCUGUUAAGGGUACCAAAAUUCAGCUGCUAUGCUGUCUAAGAAGCUACGUUUCUGGAUUGUGCUCUUUCUCUUGUCACAAAUGGCUAUCAUUUCGAUGUACAUAAAAUUUGUUACGGACCACAAACUUAACACAAACUGUGCAGAUGGACAAAAUUGCUUACWAACGAAGAUUGAAAUAACGAAUGUCAAGCGUUCAUGGCCUCCAUCGAGGGAUAUCACUCAAGACUACUUUCCACCACGCCAUUUAAAAAAGGAAAUUCUCAAGGGGACGCCUUCUAAUAGACUUCAUCUAUCAGGAAAUAUUGAAUUGCCAUCGAUUCAAUCUGUAGCAAAGUUUCGGGAAUCUAGUCCAGAAAAUCCUGUGGUAAAUGGUUUCAAGAAGCAAAAUGAUAGCAAUAUUCCAACAUCCAGGAGAACCUCSCCCACAUUAAGCMCUCCAUCGAARGAAUAUGUACACAAGAAGCUUAUUAAAACUCCUCAAUUUUCUGCAGUUAGUUCAUUGCACYACUUAGAAACSCUAMAAUCUACCAAGUUUAUGAAAAUAGAAAAAAGAAUAGCGAGAACUAAGCCAAMAUCAUUUCCUAAAAAUUUMCAUAUUUCAAAUACARAUACAAAACAUGUGCAAAGGAACGACAAAGUAAAAACCAUAUUACUCUAUACACCAUACUUCGGUAGAACCCCAUGGCCUCAUCCUGGAUUCGAGGCUGAAAUGUUAUUCCAGGAAAAUAAUGGCUCACGCUGUGCACAGGCUUGUAGGAUUACUUAUUCACGUGAAAAGUUGGGGGAAAGUGAUGCUGUGRUUUUUCAUGCAAAUGACAUUGGGAUUGUCGGCGAUUUAAAAUUAUUAAGUCAAUUCCGAACACAAACACAAAGGUGGAUAUAUUUAUCACUUGAAAAUCCAAURCACWCGCCCAGCUCUCCUCACUUUAAUGGAAUAUUCAACUGGACUAGUACAUACCGAACAGAUUCRGAUGUCCAUAUGCCUUAUAAUAACUACCAAAAGAUUCUUCCCAAUGAGAUUCCCGAGGGACACUUCAAUAAAAACUAUGCUAAAGGAAAAAACAAACUCGUAGCAUGGGCUGUGGCUCACUGYGGAGUCCGAAGGGAUCUGAUAGUUAAAAAACUCUUGAAGUWUAUCAAUGUAACCGUGUUUGGACCAUGYAGCUCACGUUUUCAGCAGAAUUWUCGAUACGGGUGUCCGCGUGGGACYAAGGAAUGCUCAAAGACUUUUAGAACUUUUAAGUUUUACCUGUCAUUUGAAAAYGCAUUAUGUAAGGACUACGUGACYGAAAAAUACUGGGAGACACCGCUGGAACAUGAGAUGGUUCCAAUUGUAUUUGGGUCAAAUUAUAACGAUAGAAAUACUAUUCCUGGUUCUUAUAUUAAUGUCUGGGAUUUCCAAUCAAUAGAGGCUCUAGCAGACUAUAUCACAUAUCUGGACAAAAAUGACACGGCAUACAACGCGUACUUCCAAUGGAAAAGCCGCUACAAAGUGCAAAAUCAUUCGUGGAGGUGYAUGCUGUGUAACAAGCUGUACAACGAAGCUUCACAGCCAAAAGUMUAUGAGAACUUUCCUGCAUUUUGGAGCCGCGAGACGAACUGUAAUUCUGGYGAACUUGUKGAGAAGUUCCACGCUUUGAUUAAUAGCUAAACUAAGCUAAUUAAGGUAUCGGAACCUGGAACACCAUUACAAAUUCAAAACGUUCCAUGGAAAGCUACUUUCGAAGCCAAUCAUUAAGUUAAAUCAAGUUUUCAUAUAAUUCGCCUUACCAUUUCUUUCACUUUGCUUCGGAUCUGUAUUUAAACAGCUUUAYAUCGUCUGUCUUAAUCCACGUACCAUUAUGCAUUUUGUAGAUAGGCGUCUCAGCUUUUUCUCUCAUAUACAGCAACCUCAACCACAGUCCCAACCCCACUAACCCGAUACACAUGCAACACGAAAUACAACAUAUCUACAAUAGCACAAAAGGACCUUAACGAAGAUGAUUGUUCAUCGUUCCAGCAAACAAAUUGCGCACAGUUUUGGGUUGUAUGUCUUCUUAUUGGCACACUUUUUACGUCAUAAAAUGUUAAAACCUCAAGUGGACCCACGAGCGAAGUGAGACGAGAUGGUGUCGGCACAGUGUGCAUGUCCUUUUAUUUAUAAACACACUCUUAUCAGCCAAUCAGCGCGCGAGAAUAUACACAAGUGUGGUAAAGUUUACUUUUGCACCUGUCUUUACCAAAGUGUACCUCAUYACCGGAUAUCGUAGGGACGUCAUAGACUUGCACUCAAAAAUCGUCCAGAUCGUUAUAUUAGUAAUAUUACAAUUUAUUUUCAAAACAUAACAACAGCAGCAGAAGCGCGAAUUGGACUAAAUGUAGUUAUGGCCCUUUAAAUCCCGCUUUAAAAGCUGAAUAUCAUAAAUCAUCUCAUUGUAUAAAUAUGUCAUUUUCAUAGGUAUAGAAAUUUUGAUCCAUUAAAAUCAUUAUAGUAAGAA